CAGCCUACCUCCCCGACGACCCCUAACAAGCCAGUAGUGCCAUUGGAGUGGGCAGCUGGAGUGGUACCAAAACCUGACCCUACUGUCAUUAACAAGCACGUUCGAAAGCUGGUGGAUUCUGUCUUUAGGAACUAUGAUCAUGACCACGAUGGCUAUAUUUCUCAGGAAGACUUUGAAAGUAUAGCUGCCAACUUCCCUUUUCUGGACUCUUUCUGUGUGCUAGACAAAGACCAAGAUGGUCUUAUAAGCAAAGAAGAAAUGAUGGCUUACUUUCUGAGAGCUAAAUCACAGUUCCAGUGUAAAAUGGGACCAGGGUUUAUUCACAACUUUCAGGAGAUGACCUAUCUUAAACCAACUUUCUGUGAGCACUGUGCAGGAUUUCUCUGGGGUAUAAUCAAACAAGGCUACAAAUGCAAAGAUUGCGGUGCCAACUGUCAUAAGCAAUGCAGAGACCUGCUUGUGCUGGCAUGCAGGAAAUUUUCCAGAGGAACCUCAGUUGGCAGCAAUCACGGCUCUCUGCCUAGCAGUCCAUCUCUGCCUCCAGUCCAAGAUGAAGUAUUUGAAUUUCCCAGUGUUGCUGCGGAACACCAGGACCUUGAUGGCAGAGCUAUCACCCUCGUCACUGGCUCUUCACGGAAAAUUUCGGUGCGGCUGCAGAGGGCAACCACCAGCCAAGCGACACAGACAGAACCACUCUGGCACGAACCAGGCUGGAAUGAUUCAGGUUCCCAUACCUUCCCCAAAAUGAAGUCCAAGUUCCACGGCAAGGCUGGGAAGAACAAAGGUUUCGCAAAAUGGGAGAACGAAAAGCCCAACAUGCAGGCUGAUAUAGAGCUAGAAGCUGAGGCCCCACAACACAUGCAGGAUCACAAUGGAAUUGAAACCCUCCUAGAAAGACAAGAAUCUGAGGACAGCUGAUUGCUCAUCCUGAAGCACAGAGAAACAGAGGUGACAACUGAAAUACAGCAAGUGUGGAUGGACUGUCACAGACCACAUUUGGCCAUGAGAAGUUUUCCUAUACCUCGUACUUUUAAAUUCAACUGUUGCCCUCUUUUCUUAGCUGAAAGGUGUUAUAAAGCACUAUUUAUUUUCUCAUGAGUAAGCCAUUUGGAUGAACAUUGCAUGGAUACACAGACUGGAUCUCUGUGCUCAGUGUUUUCUCUUGUAUGACUUUUGUGGAAACUUCCUCUACAUGCCCGUGAGGAUAUAUUUGGCCUCCUUUAAAUAUACUGCAUCAUUUUGGUAUGUCUGCCAGCAACAACAAUGGUGAGGACAGAAGCCAAGCAUCUAAGUUUGAUCGAUAACACUCCUUUUCCAGAGGCUUGUAAUGAUCUUUUAAGGAAAGAAAUAAGUGUGUCUGUUGAUUAAAUCUCAAA